CGGCGCGCCUGGGCGAUGCUCACGCGCUGAGGCGAGGCUCGGCUCGGCGAGGCGACGCGGCCACUCGGCGCGGCUGGGCUCCUGCGCGGCGGGCCCGGAGGCGCUGGCGACGCCCGGCGGCGCGAUGGCUCAGGCGGCCGGGCCGGCGGGCGGCGGGGAGCCGGGGGCCGCCGAGACCCCGCUGGAGCCCGGAGCCACGGCGGGAGCCGCGGCGGGCCCGCAGGACGCGCUGAGCCUGGAGGAGAUCCUGCGCCUGUACAACCAGCCCAUCAACGAGGAGCAGGCGUGGGCCGUGUGCUACCAGUGCUGCGGCUCCCUGCGCGCCCACCGGCCGCCGCGCCGCGUGCGCUCGGCCGCGCAGGUCCGCGUGUGGAGGGACGGCACCGUCAGCCUGGCGCCCGACGCCGGCCCCGACUCGGGUAAAAUGGGAUAUUCACAUUGUACAGAAACAGAGGUUAUUGAAUCUUUGGGAAUCAUUAUUUAUAAAGCACUGGACUAUGGUUUGAAGGAAAAUGAAGAAAGGGAAUUAAGCCCUCCUUUGGAGCAACUCAUUGAUCGUAUGGCUAACACAGUAGAAGCUGAUGGCAGUAAUGAUGAGGGCUAUGAAGCUGCUGAAGAAGGCCUGGAAGAGGAAGAGGAAAAGAGAAAAAUCUCUGCAAUCCGGUCCUACAGAGAUGUCAUGAAGUUAUGUGCUGCUCAUCUCUCAACUGAAUCAGAGGCACCAAAUCAUUAUCAGGCAGUAUGUCGUGCACUAUUCGCAGAAACAAAGGAGCUGCAUACAUUUCUGACUAAAAUUAAAAGUGCAAAGGAGAAUCUUAAGAAAAUUCAAGAAAUGGAAAAAGGUGAUGAGCCUAACACAGACCUGGAGGAUUUGAAAAAUGCUGACUGGGCUCGAUUUUGGGUUCAGGUUAUGAGGGAUUUGAGGAAUGGCGUAAAACUUAAAAAGGUUCAAGAGCGUCAGUACAACCCUUUGCCCAUUGAAUAUCAGCUCACCCCUUAUGAGAUGUUAAUGGAUGACAUACGGUCCAGAAGAUACACUUUGAGAAAAGUGAUGGUGAAUGGUGAUAUUCCACCUCGGUUAAAAAAAAGUGCUCAUGAAAUCAUCCUGGACUUUAUCAGAUCAAGACCUCCUUUAAAUCCAGCUUCAGCCAGAAAACUGAAACCCACUCCACCUCGACCACGGAGCCUCCAUGAAAGAAUAUUAGAAGAAAUAAAAGCAGAAAGAAAGCUUCGCCCUGUCUCACCAGAAGAGAUUCGACGAAGCCGACUAGCAACGCGGCCACUUAGCAUGUCUCACAGUUUUGACUUGUCAGAUGUAACUACUCCUGAAUCUCCAAAGAAAACUGUGGAGCCAUCUGUGGUGAAUGGAGGUUUAACCCCCAAAACAAAAGAAAAUGGAAUUAGUGCGACCCAGCAGGUAUCUGGGCAACGGAAAAAGCUCCUCAAAGCCCCAACUCUGGCUGAAUUGGACAGCUCGGACUCUGAGGAGGAAACUCUACACAAGUCAGCCAGUAGCAGCAGUGCAUCUCCUUCGCUCUUUGAAGAGACCCUAAUGGACACGGUGUCCACAAAGAAGAAGCCUCCAAAAUUCUUGCCCAUUUCAUCAACACCCCAGCCCGAGAGACGGCAGGCACCCCAAAGGCGACAUUCCAUUGAGAAGGAGACACCAACAAAUGUGCGGCACUUUCUGCCACCAUCCAAGCAGAGCUCUCGGUCUCUUGAGGAAUUCUGCUACCCAGUGGAAUGUCUAGCUCUUACGGUGGAAGAAGUGAUGCAUAUUCGUCAGGUCCUGGUGAAGGCAGAGCUGGAAAAAUACCAACAAUAUAAAGAUGUCUACACCGCCCUGAAAAAAGGAAAGCUCUGUUUUUGUUGCCGAACCAGGAGAUUUUCCUUCUUCACCUGGUCUUAUACCUGUCAAUUCUGUAAGAGGCCGGUGUGCUCACAGUGUUGCAAAAAGAUGCGACUUCCUUCCAAGCCAUACUCCACUCUCCCUAUAUUUUCAUUGGGACCUUCUACCUUGCAAAGAGGGGAAAGUUCUUCGAGGCCAGAAAAACCCUCCUCUAGCCACCACCGGCCCCUUCGGAGUAUUGCCAGGUUUUCCUCAAAAUCUAAGUCUGUGGACAAAUCUGAUGAAGAAUUACAGUUUCCAAAAGAGUUAAUGGAGGACUGGAGUACAAUGGAAGUGUGUGUAGACUGCAAAAAAUUUAUUUCGGAAAUCAUCAGUUCAAGCCGACGUAGCCUGGUUUUGGCCAACAAAAGAGCCCGGUUAAAAAGGAAGACGCAGUCUUUCUACAUGUCCUCCCCAGGCCCCUCGGAAUACUGCCCUUCAGAGAGGACUAUCAAUGAAAUCUGAGCUGUGCCUUUGGGUUGCUUUUGUGUUCUCAGUCUGCAUUAGUGCAGGAGAACACUGAGUGAGACUGUCUUCUCCUGGCCAUGGUUUUAGUUCGUAGGCUUGAAUUUGCAUUAGAUCAGGCUUCUGCUCUAUCACAUUGUUCCACAGACUGAAUGCUGUGUUGAUAUCGAUUGAUGGUACGUGACCAAGUCUCCAUUGCUUAUUUGCACUGAAAGAGAAAAACAGUCUGAAGCUUGCUUUUGUGUGUAUGUGGAAGCCAGAAACUUUUUCCCUUAGUUCAGCUCUUGACUGAUCCUCACAUAAUUUUCUGACUAAGGCCAAAAGCUUCUCCUGGGAGAAAUCAGCCUAACAAAGGCAUCGAUGUUAGCACAGUGAGCUGUAAGUCAUAUUGGCACUUUGACCCGACAGUGUUCCUAUCUAAUGGACAUAGUGAUCCACCGAGCCCCGCCACACCACACACCUGCAAGCAGACGGAGCCAGGCGACUUAGCAUCUCACUGCACAAAACUGUGGAUCUGCUUGUACUUUCAAACUGACUUUAAAUUAUUGUUGCUCUUCUGAAAGACUGCAGGGAG